GAGGCCGCAAGGUUUCCACGUCCGACAUCCAGCUGGUUCAGAACCUGAUCGAGCGCUGCAUGCAGAACUACAUGCCGCUGAAGGAGGUGGUGGCGGCGCUGCAGAGCCAGGCUAAGAUAGAGCCGGGGUUCACGCAGCUGGUGUGGCAGAAGCUGGAGGAGCAGAAUGCGGAGUUCUUUAAAGCCUACCAUUUGCGGCUAAAAAUCAAGGACCAAAUCGUCAUGUUUAACUACCUGCUCGAGCAACAAGUCAAUGUGGUGCAAAGACUCCAGAUGAGUUGGAUGCAAGCCCUGCCUGGCAUGAUGCCGCCGGGCAUGGCGGCGGCGGCCGCCGUGGCCGCCGCCGCCGCCGCUGCCGUACGACCGCCCGGCAUGCCCGGCUCCGCCGCCGCCGGCGCGCUGGGCCCCGCCGGCGCCGCUCUCAUGCCCUCGGCUGCUACGCUUCCGCCGCCGGGUCUCAUGCCUCCAGGGAUGCCCCCGGGGUUAUCACCGGCGUCGGCGGCGCCUUUUCCUGCCUUCCCGCUGGGUGUCGGCGGGCCGUCAGCGGCCAUGAUGUCUUCAACCUCGAUGCACCCAGGCAUGGCAGCCAUGGCGGCGGCCGCUGCCGCGGGUCAAGCUGCGAGCAUGGCAGCAGCGGGGCAGGCGGCUGCAGCUGCCGCCGCCGCCGCGGCGGGGGGGCCCGGAGCGCUGCCGGUGGGCAUGCCGGGUCAACUGACGCCGCCGCCGCUGCCGCUGGCGACGGCGCCUCCGUUUGGCCCGCAGCCCACAUCUCUGCCGCCGUUUGGUGCGCCGCUGUCAGCAGCCGUGUUGCCGCCGCCGCCGCCGGUGGCAGCACAGGGGGAGGCUGCGGCAGCCACCGCGGUGCCGAUGACUGGUCUUCAAACGCCAGGCGCGACAGCAACAGCGGCGGCGGUGCAGCAGCAGCAGCAACAACAACAACAAUCACAGCAGGAACAGCAGCCAACGGCGGCGGCGGCGGCAGCUACGGGUGGGUUUCCGGGUACGGCAGAUCUGAUGUCGUUGACAGACGUGACGUUGGAUGGCGGCGGCAUGGGCGACCUGGCGAUGCCGUUGCUGGGAGGCUCGGACCAUGACCUCAUGCACAGCUUAACGUUGGGUCUCGGAGCUGGGUCUGCGGGUAUUUCAGGCGGCCUGGGCACUGGCUUGAGUGUCGACUUGGGCUCAGGCGCCUUCCACCUCAACCUCAAUCUAUCCUCCCUGGACAGUACGACA